AUGAUCAUCACUGGCUCUGAUUCUUGUACUAUUGAGGAGGUUAAGCAUCAGUUGUUUCAGGAGUUCGAGAUGAAGGAUUUGGGGUCUCUUUGGUAUUUUCUUGGUAAUGAGGUUGCCACUUCUCUUACUGGAUAUCUUCUUUCUCAAACUAAAUAUGCCCGUGAUAUUCUUUCUCGUGCCAAUCUCACUGAUGACAAAAUUGUCGACACUCCUCUUGAGUUGCAUGCUAAGUUUUCUGCUUCUGAUGGUGUUUCUCUUGAGGAUCCCACUUUGUAUCGCGAGUUGGUUGGGUGCCUUGUUUAUCUCACCGUUACUCGCCCGGAUAUCUCCUAUGCUGUGCACAUUUUCAGUCAGUUUGUUUCUGCUCCUUGUCCCACACACUGGGCUGCCUUACUUCAUACUUUGCGCUACCUUCGUGGCACUUUGUUGCAAUAUUUGUUGUUAUCUGCCUCUUCGGACUUGACUCAUCGUGCCUAUGCUGACGUUGAUUGGGCAGGUGACAUCUCUGAUCGCAAAUCCACUUCUGGUCUUUGUGUUUUCCUCAGCGAUUCUCUCAUAUCCUGGAAGAGUAAGAAACAGUCUGUUGUUGCUCGUUCCACCGUUGAGGCCGAGUGUCGUGCCAUGGCUUAUGCUACUUCCUAG